UAAUAUAAAAUACUAGGAGUCGCGUCCAAGUCAUACAAACCUAGAGAACGACGAUGACGCUUCAUUUUCUCCCCGCAUUCUCAAAAAAAUUUCCACUUUUGUCCUCUCCGUUUCUGCUUCACACUCACGGAGUAAGAAGAGCAAUCUGUACAAAAAUGUCCUCUGGCCCGUUUUCGCAACUCACUCACCCCAUAAAUUUGCCGACUCAAAGUGAACCGGUCAACAUCGUAGCUGCGCCUGGUGUCUCCGAUUCCGAGUUCAGGAAUGCUAUUGAAUCCUCUUUGUUCAAGCAGUGGCUGAAGAACAUGCAAUCUGAAACUGGGAUUCUUGCUAAUGGGGCUGCAUCUUUAAGACAAGUACUUAUUCAGGGAGUGGAUAUGUUUGGGAAGCAUGUUGGCUUUCUUAAGUUCAAAGCAGAUGUUAUCGAUAAGGAAACAGGGAAUAAGGUUCCAGGUAUUGUCUUCGCACGAGGACCAGCUGUAGCUGUGCUGAUCCUUUUGGAUUCAGAGGGUGAGACUUAUGCUGUGCUCACUGAACAGGCCAGGGUACCUGUUGGAAGGCUUAUCUUGGAAUUGCCAGCUGGAAUGUUGGAUGAGAAUAAAGGUGAUUUUGUGGGAAACGCAGUUCGCGAGGUUGAAGAGGAGACUGGUAUACGCUUGAAUAAAGAUGUCAUGGUUGACCUCACCGCCUUUUUGGAUCCAUCAACCGGAUACAGAGCUUUCCCUUCUCCGGGAGGGUGCGAUGAAGAAAUUAGCCUGUUUCUAUACAGAGGGCAUGUGGAUGAAAAAACUAUUACUGAGCUGCGAGGUAAAGAAACAGGUAUUCGUGAACGUGGUGAGCUGAUCAAGGUGCAUGUAGUUCCCUAUGAGAAACUAUGGCGCAUGACCGCCGAUGCAAAGGUUCUGAUGGCCAUUGCCCUGUACGAAAUGGCCCAGAGAGAAGGAAUGCUGCCUCCUCGAAGAAACUUAUCUGCCAACUAAAGUUUCUGUGAACAGAAAAAAAACAACCACCUUUCGGUUUUCAGAUGAUUACGUUUCUUGAUAGACCUCUGGACUUGUUAGUCUAGAUUAUUAGCAAUUUUUUUUUGCUGGUUGAAUUUAGCUUAUUAAUAGGUUAAGUAUAUUAUAUACUUAAUCUAUUUUAGUAAUAUAUCAUAAGGUUAUUUAAUAA